GUGUGUUCAGAUGUCCCAGUGUCACUCCCGUGUGACGUUUCAUCAUGUGAUCGGGAAGGCGGCGGUGAAGGGGCGGUGCUACCACGGCCUGUCAAUCACACGCAGCGUCCAGGACAACCAAUUCUGUGCUGUCAAUCCACGCUUCAUCGCCGUGGUGACCGAGUGUACAGGAGGCGGAGCCUUCAUUGUUAUUUCCAUCCAUCAAACGGGCCGUGUGAGUCCUCUGCAGGCUCGGGUCUGCGGUCACAGUGCUCCUGUGCUGGAUGUCAAGUGGGACCCAUUUAACGACCUGCGCCUCGCGUCCUGUUCGGAGGACUGUACGGUGAAGGUGUGGGACAUUCCUCCGAAUGGACUGAAGGAUGAUCUGAUGGAGCCCAGUAGAGAUCUGACCGCCCACAGCCGCAGAGUGUCAAUCAUCGAGUGGCAUCCAACCGCCAAAGACCUCCUGCUAAGCUCCGCCUACGACUGCAGAGUGCUGGUGUGGCGUUUGGACUCAGCUGAGGUGCCGGUGUGUGUGAUAAACACACACUCUGAGCUGGUGCUGUGUUUGAGUUUUAAUGCGGAUGGAAGUUUGUUGGCCACGGCCUGCAAAGACAAGAAGAUCCAAAUCAUCGAGCCACGGACUGGGCGGCUCCUGCAGGAGUUUCGCUGUCACUCUCAUAAAGUGUCCAGGAUCCUGUUCCUGUGGGAUCUGAAGAUGUUGGUGUCCACAGGAAGCUCCUGCUGGAACCAGAGACAGUUUGUCCUGUGGGACCUGGAGGAUCUGUCUGAGCCGUUACUGGAGGAGGAUCUGGAUGGAGGUUCUGGAGUGAUUUUCCCCUAUUAUGACGCUGACACACACAUGCUGUAUCUGGCUGGGAAGGGCGACGGCAACAUCCGCUAUUACACGGUCAGUGCGGUGAAGCCCUACGUUCACUUCCUGUCUGAAUACCGCUCCGCGUCCCCUCAGAGAGGCUUGGGUGUGAUGCCCAAGCGUGGCCUGAACACCAGCGCCUGUGAGAUCUUCAGAUUCUACCGGCUGGUGGCCGUCAGAAACCUGCUGGAGCCGCUGAGCUUCUGUGUGCCACGCAAGCAGUCUGAGGGUUUUCAUGAGGAUAUUUACCCCCUGACCGCGGCCAAUGAGCCGGCCAUGACCCCAGAUGACUGGCUGAUGGGACAGAAUAAAGGUCCGCUGCUGAUGUCUCUGAGACCUGCAGCCAAAGCACUGGACACCUGUCCGACUGAACCAGAGACACCAGCCAAUCAGCACGCAGAACCGCCUCCUGACCUCAUCGCUGACCUGCGGGACUGGACGGAGGACGACACACAGAGCCACGGCUGGAUCUCGUCAGGCUUCAGUCAGGAGACGGAGGUCUCUCAGGGGUCAGAGGUCGUGACACGGAAGCAGCUGGAGCUGAUGAACACACACAUCCACAGGAGAGCGUCCUUCUGA